AGUAAUGGUAUAUCCCACGUAGGUCACGCAGAGGUCGUCCAACAUGGCGGCACCAGCUCGAAAAUCUGUGGAGUUUUUCUACGACGUUUUGUCGCCGUACACAUGGCUGGCGUUCGAGGUGAUGUGCCGCUACCAACAGAAGUGGAACAUCGACCUGAAACUGAGACCGUUCUUUCUUUCUGGGAUCAUGCAGGGGGCAGACAACCGUCCCCCCGGCAUGGUCCCAGCCAAGGCCACCUACAUGGGGCAGGACCUGAAGAGGCUGACAGACAUGUACCAGGUGCCCUUCAACAUGCCCAGCAACCCUGCAGAGGUCAUGUUCAUCAAGGGGUCCAUCAACGCAGGCAGGUUCCUCACAGCAGUGGACAUGAACUGUGACCAGUACUUGGAGGAGUUGACAAGGCAGUUGUUCCUGAGGAUUUACUACCGAGACGAGGACAUCACAGAACCUGCCAGUCUGAUGGCUGCAGCAGCCAAAGCCGGCAUCCCGGAGGAUCUGACCAAGCAGCUUCUCUCCACCCUCAAGGACCAGGCGGUCAAGGACCGGCUCCGACAGACCACGCAGGCGGCAUUGGACCACGGCGCGUUCGGCUCCCCGACCAUCGUGGCGCACAUCGACGGGAAAGCGCAGAUGUUCUUUGGGUCGGACAGGUUAGAGCUGAUGGCGCACAUGCUGGGGGAGAAAUGGUACGGUCCGCUGCCUGAACUGGCCAAGGCCAAGAUGUGAACUGUCACAGUUGUCGUACAAUAGGUUUUAUAAAGUACAGCAAAGUUAGGACAUUUCAAAGAGUCAUGUAUGUGUUGAACAAUAUCAGUUGGCUCUGUAAACUUCUCUUAUUACAGAAGAAAAUUGUUGAGGGAUCGUUGUUGAUGGUAGAAAAUUUGAUGGGUCAGACAAAGAAAUCGUAAGACAAAUUUGACUAGGCCUUUAAACGUGAAGUUGUCAUGCUGUGAGAAAGUCAGUUUAUCUCUCAGCUGGCAGUGAUUGGCAGGUAGUUGAUGGUGUGACUUAUUGCCUGAACUUGCCAAAACCAAAGUUGAUAGAAUUACUAUAACCUCUACCAGGCUCCGUGGUUCGGAUGAUGGUUCCACUCGGCCCGCUGACUCCCCUAGCAUACUAUUGACCCUAUUUGUCUAAUUGUUUAUUUUUCCAAUUUCAACAAUUAGACCACCAAACCAUGGAGCCUGGUAGAGGCUAGAAUUACUAUGCUAUGACAGGUCUGAUGUACACUGUACAUGUCUGAACUGGUAGUGAUUUGAUGGUGGGAUUAUGGAAUGAGCCAACGUUGUACAGGCCACUGCCACAAGUUGCCAGGCCUUAAAAUUGCUGUGUGAAUGAAGCUGCUAUCAUAUCAAUACUUUAUUAUGCUGAGUUAAUCUGUAAACUGUUACUAAUUAAGUGUUAAGGAUUGACUUGUGAGGUAGCCUUUUGCACCAAGUUUGUAUCGUAGGAAGCAGAGAAGAUAAAAGAGACUUGAUUUUGUUUACCUCAUCAUGUAAUGAUACAGGACCUCUGUCAGCAGUUAAAAUGUAUGGACAUUGAUGAAGCUUUCUCAAUAUUUCGAUUAUGAAAUGUGUGAAUAUAAAUGUUAUGUCAUUUAUUGCUGCAGCAUUGUUGCUUUGUUGACAUUCCAAUGAUAUACACAAAAUUUAA